AUGGGUAUUAGAGUUUGUCCGAACAAUUGGACUCGUUAUGAUCGAACAAAAUCAUGUUUUUCUGUAAUCGAACAACGAUUACGGUGGUCGGAAGCAGAACAAAUUUGUGAGGAUUUUGGUGGUCAUUUAGCAUCGAUUACGGAUGAAUAUGAAAACAUCUUUGCAUUUGAAGUAGCAAAGAAGGCAAAUCUCAGCGUACAAACAAUUUGGUUGGGCCGAAUUGUCAAAUUGGCAAAAACAGGAGCAUAUGAAUGGAAUGAUGGCUCAGUUGGACGUCAUGCUGAUGGAUUUAGAGGUGGUGAGCUCAUUUUUUGUCUUACCAAUUGCCUACCUAAUUCCCAAAUUAUUGUAGAGCCGCCAUCUGGAACUGAUAUUUGUCUAACAAUGUGGCUUGAUUUCGAUAGACCUGAAGGAUCAUGGAACGAAUGGGAUUGUAAUUAUGCUACCGGUUAUUCUGCGCUUUGCAAAAAGUCUUAUAAAAAAGCAUCCCUCGUAUCAGCCACUGUAGUAAAAACGACAGAUACUCCCAAUAUUUACUCAAGCAAACGCUGCUGUGUAUCGACUAUGUGCUCUAGCCGAUGUUCACCAAAUGAACGGUGUAUACCAGAUGAUUUGGAUUGCUUAACGAAAACUUGCGAAAAUCAUGGGCCCGGAUGGUGUUUGCCCGCUGUUUGA